AGGAAAUUCAAAUUACAAAUUACAUACACACGCGCAUACAUUUAUGGAUUUAUAAUUAAAAUAAUAACGCCUUUGUUUCAUUAUUUUUUUUUGUGUCUAAUAACGAUUUUAAUUAAGAAAACGAAUACAAUUAAUAACUGUUAAUAAAGGAUUUCGACAAAAAAAAACUAACGUUAACGUAAAAAAGAAUUCAAAUUUGAAAUAAUAACGCCCAAAGUUACAAUUGAAAUGAAAAAAUACCGUUAUGGUUUAUUUGCCCUACUGCUAUUUGGAUUAUUUUACUUUUCAGAAGGUAAACCAUGUCCAGAGCGAACGAGACCCCACAAGACCCGCUGUGAUGCCUAUUAUAAAUGUACCGAAUUAACGGCCGAUAAACAUGUGUGGGUGCCUACGCGAUGCGAAGAAGGACUUGUAUACGAACACACUCUAGCAGUAUGUGUACUACCAGCCGAUGAUUGGGAAUGUCUAAUGGGUGACCAUAAGACCAAUUCCAAUCCAACGCAAAAAAAUGAAAAACGCCAAACAAAUCCGACCAGUAAUAAAGAUGCUGACAUUUAUAUAGUAUCGAAUGCUGAAGACGAAGAAAAUAGUUUAAAUAGUAAAUUUGAUGAUGGCAAAGUGGAGAUUAUAAUAGGACCGGGUAUAAGUGGUGAGGAUAAGGGAGAGGGCGAUGAUGACCAGCUGUAUGAUGGUAGUGGUAAUGGUGGAGAAUUGGUGGAAUUGGAUGGUUUUAUGCCGGCACAAAAUCGUGAAGCUGAAGAUGAUAUGGGUGUAUUAAAGGAAGGAGAUGAAGUGAAUAAGAAAUAUAAAUUAGAAAUCAAUAAAGUGGAACAAAAAGAAGAACUAGAAGAAAUGUUGCAAACUAUAAAAACAAAAGCGGAAAUAGGACAACCCUCCUCCAAUAUAGAUCCCAAAUUAACGGCACAUUUACAAAGAUUGUCUCAGUUAAUAGAUGGCUUAAAACAAACCUAUCAGUCACCAGAAGCUAAACCACAAAAUGAACAGGACUUAAGACCAGAUCAACUGAAUGCUUUUUUGGCACAUUUUAAUAUUAAAAAUAAGUUUGAUAGCUUAGAUCCCAAUGAAGGAUUGAAGGGUGUUAGUGGUUCCAGCACCACCACACCUAAGCCCAAUAGAACUUUGCUUUAUAAACAAGAGUUUAGUACGAAAUUAAAUCCCGAAACCAAGGUGGUAUUAUCAAAUAUGUUACCUCAACGUUAUGGUGGCAAUAAUCAUGACAAUGGUAAUUCCGGAGGUGGUUAUUCUAAUUCCCAAAUUGUGGUUAAUAGACCUGAGGGCUCGGUACUCUUUAGUCUACCCACUGAACAUCAUUUUAUGGAACAUCCAGAAUAUUCUUCUGAUAAUACACCCAAAAUUUCCGAAGAAACUUUAAAAACAGUUUUAGAAUUGUCCAAACAAAUGAUAGCUCAACAAAAUGUGCCAAAGGUCAUACCAAAUCCCACUUACUUUGCCUCGCCCAUAAUGCAGCCUAUACUAUUGACUCCUCAUGUCGAUAGCCCCUUUUCUACCAAUUACAUGGGCGCUAGACAACAUAAUGCUGUUAAUAAUGGUUAUAAUGGAAAUGAUAAUGGAGGUUAUGGUGGCAACAGUGAUAAUGGGGGUUACAAUAACAAUGGUUAUGGCAGCGAUAAACCCACCACAACUAUAAUUCACAACAAUGUUAUACCUGUACAUGUAUCCACUACUAGUUCGGGAGAAAAGGAAGUUUUAGACAGUUAUGGACAAAGUUUGGGUUUGUAUCCACCGCAUCACGAAGAGAGACCUGAUAGCAAUACAGACUAUCAUGAGAAUUCUAAUUCAAAUAAUGGUUAUUCCAAUGGAUUUCAAAAUAAUGAGUAUCCCAGAACAACUACGAAAAGACCUUCGUAUGUGGGCAUCUCAACUACCUCUAGUACCUAUGGUUCUACACCCAGACCUUAUGAUUAUCAACCUACCGCCAGUACAAUUAAUCAGUACUUUACACCCAGUGAACAUUUGGGAGAGCAUAAUGUUAAUAAUGUUUUUCCCUCGGUGGAUAAUUUUGGCAGUGUACCCAGACCCUUAAAGGGUAAGAGACCUAAUCUACAAUUAUAUAAACCCUCCCAGGAAUAUGUGAAUAAUGAGGACGGCUAUGGCAGCCAGAAUCAAUUAUUUUCGCAAAUCGAUAACCAAAAACAUCAUAUGAGGCCAAAUUCUCAAAAUUAUGAAAGCAUGGAAAACGAAAAUGAUGAUCUUAUGAACAACUAUCAAGAUGACAAUAAUGAGGAGGAAUCCCAAUUAGUUACCUAUACCUAUGGCAAGAAAAAGAAACCGGGACAACAAGCUCAGUACUCAAAUUAUGCAAACUCUAACCCACAAUCUUCCCUUAAUUCAGCUUUUAGCAGCAACAAUCCCUAUAUGUCUAGACCUCAAACCAAUCACCAUAAUUCCCCUUCCUCUUCCCAUUCAUAUUACUCCUCAGGUAAAAAUAAAUACACUCCCAUAAGCUCACCCAUAUCCUCGGCCUACUCCGAUGGUACACAACUUGUGAAUGUGGGUGGUAACUUUAUAAGCUUUGAUGUUUUUCAAAAUUCUAUACUCCCUCUAGUGGGCAAUAAUCCGGCCAGUCUUUCCUCCUCUCUCAACAAUGUGGAAGUGAUUACUUGUGCGGCCGGUGUAAGACAACCCAAUACCACGGAUUGUACACGCUACUAUGUAUGCAGUAAAAAGGAUGGCAAAGUUCUAUCCUACUCCUGUCCGCCCUAUACUGCCUUCAAUCAUGAGGCACGUAUAUGUGAUGCCAAAACGUAUGCCUUGUGUAAUGCUGAUACCAUAGUGCCCAGCUAUACAGUAUCCGAAAAUAAACGCCUACAGAUGGAAACUUUGAAAGCGCUGCAGGAAGCCAAACGUCGUCAAAUGUUACAACAGCAGCAGCAACAACAACAAGCCAUUAAAGCUCAAAAUCUCGCUAAUCUAUUGCAGCAAUACAAUAACCCCUCCUCCUCCAACUCACCCUUCAGUAACCCCCUCACAUCUAUAACUUCUCCAGAUCAAGAUAGUUCAGAGCAAAAUAUGCUCGAUUCCUAUAUGCAACAGGCCUCCUCGUUAUCACAAAGUUUUGGCACAACACCCCGCCCCCAAUUAACCACACCCACCGUUAAGAAACGCAAAUAUUAUUGCAAAGAGGGUGAUAAAAUCGCCGAUCAAACUUCAAUUUAUAAUUAUUUUGUUUGCUACAAAAAUGCCCAGGGUCAAAUGAAGGGUCAUAAGAUGACCUGUUCCAAGGGAUUGCUAUUUUGUCCGAAAUCCACUAUGUGUACCUUGCCAUCAAAAUGUUCGUAA